CUUCCCUGCCUUAGGCCCCACCCUCUGACGCAGGGGGACGAGGCUGUUGCUGCAGCUGCUGCUGCAGUUGUAUUAGCAACGAGGGAUAGCCGAGCUUGCUGCUUCCGGCGGCCAUGGAUUCUUCCCUGUUGCAGGCUUUAAUUAAUUACUAUUGCCAAGAAGGCUUCUUUCGUCAUGUUCAAACAGUUGCCAGUGAAGGCCUUAAGAUGUUUGGCAGUGACCCAGUGUUCGUUUUUUACCGUAUUUAUGGCAUACUGAUGGAAGGGCGCAUUCAAGAGGCUCUUCUCGAUCUUGAAUCUAUUAAAAACAAGCAGGAAGUGUCCCUUUGCACAGUGAUGGCAAUGAUCUAUGCCCAUAAAAAGAGCCCAAAUCCAGAUCGAGACGUUAUCUUGGAACUAGAUGCCAAGCUGAAAGAGCAUCGUAAGGUAGCAGGACAGCAGGCUUUGUAUUUUGCGGGCUUGUUCUUGUGGCAUAUUGGGCGCUAUGAGAAAGCUCGUGAAUAUGUUGACAGAAUGAUCAAGAUCUCCAAUGGCAGUAAAGAGGGAUUGAUUUUGAAAGGAUGGCUCGAUGUCACCUGUGGGAAAGAAGCAAGUAUUAAAAAAGCUGUGAAAUAUUUUGAUGAAGGGCUGCAAAAUGGGAAUGAUAUCUUUGGCCUGAUGGGUAAAGCACAAUAUUUUGAAAUGCGCCAGAAUUACUCAGGAGCAUUGGAAACAGUGAAUCAAAUAAUAGCCAAUUUUCCGCACUUCCUUCCUGCUUUUAUAAAGAAAAUGAAGCUACAGCUGGCUCUGCAAGAAUGGGAACAGGCAACAGAGACUGCACAGAGGUUACUGCAGAAAGAUGCUUUUAACUUGGAUGCUAUAAAAAUGGAGGCUAUUCAUUAUUUGUGUAGGGAAGGAAAUAUACCUGAGGCUUCAUCAAAGUUGGCAGAUCUGAUUAGUGCAUUGGAUAAAUUGGAACCACAUAAUCCUCAGCUGUUCUGUAAAACUGCAUUGGUGUUCAGCAGAACAUGCGGCCGCAAUCCACUGAUUCUUCAGCAAACUCAAAGUCUGGUGGAAAGAGCUUUCAGCUUAGCCUCUCACGAUGCAGAUAUUGCUACAGAACUUGGCUACCAGAUGACUCUACAAGGGAAAAUAAAGGAGGCCUUAAAAUGGUACAAGACUGCCAUGGAUCUUGACGAGACAAGUGUUCCUGCACUAACUGGAAUUAUCCGAAGCCAGCUAAUAGAAGGGAAGUUAGACGAUGUAGAGCAGCAGUUGGAGUUCCUGAAUGAAAUCCAACAGUCUAUCGGGAAAUCAGCAGAGCUAUCUUACUUGUGUGCAGUGUUGGCUAUGAAGAAACAUAAAAGACAAGAGGAAGUUAUUACUUUAUUGAACGAUGUGCUUGAUACUCAUUUUUCCUCUUUGCAAGGCUUACCGCUUGGUGUAGAAUAUUUUGAAAAAUUAAAUCCUGACUUUUUGAUAGAAAUUAUUAAGGAGUAUCUUAAUUUUUGCCCAACGCAGCCUGCAGGUCGAGGACAACCUCCUUCACCACUUCUCAAACCUUGUGCAUCAGUCCUUGAAACUGUGGUUAAAACUGUUCCUGGUCUUCUGCAAGCUGCCUAUUUAGUUGCAAAGGUGAAAUAUCUGGCAGGUAACCCUGAAGCAUCCCAAAGUAUCCUGCAGCACUGUAUAGAACAGAAUCCUUCAUAUGCAGAUGCUUAUCUCCUUAUGGCUCAAGUUUAUUUGUUGCAAAACAACUUCAAACUCUGUUCUCAGUCUCUGGAGCUCUGCCUAAGCUAUAAUUUUGAGGUCAGGGAGCAUCCUGUGUACCACUUAAUAAAAUCUCAGGCCCAAAUAAAGAUGGGGGAAAUAGCAGAAGCCAUUAAAACCUUGCAGAUGGCAAUGAUUUUGCCUGGGAUGAGAGGAGCUACAUCUUCUUCAAAAUCAAGAACAAAGAAGAUUGAAAUUGAUGGGAGCGAUCGAGUGUCUGUCUAUCUGGAACUGGUAGAGGCCCAUCGUUUGAAUGGCGAACAGCAUGAAGCCAUUAAAGUCCUCCAAGAUGCUAUCAAUGAAUUUUCUGGCACCCCCGAAGAACUAAGAGUCAUGAUUGCUAAUGCAGACCUAGCACUUGUGCAAGGCGACAUUGAAACGGCUUUGACAAUGCUCAGGAAUAUAACACCAGAGCAGACUUACUUUGUUCAAGGCAAAGAAAAAAUGGCAGAGAUCUAUCUGGAGCACAGAAAAGAUAAGAAGCUAUAUGCAAGCUGUUACAGAGACCUGGUAGAGAAACUCCCAAGUUCUCAUACCUUUCUUCUCCUUGGUGAUGCAUAUAUGAAUAUCCAGGAGCCUGAAGAAGCCAUAAUGGUUUAUGAACAGGCUUUGAAGAUGAAUCCAAGAGAUGGAGCGUUGGCUCGUAAAAUUGGGAAUGCUCUAAUCAAGACUCAUAAGUAUUCAAAGGCAAUCAAUUAUUAUGAAGCUGCUCUGAAAACUGGGCAGCAGAAUUUCCUUUGUUAUGACCUGGCAGAGCUAUUGCUGAAAUUGAACCAGCUUGACAAAGCAGAAAAAGUCCUUCGGCAAGUUUUGGAUCAUCAGUCUGUAAAUGAUCUGUCCUCUCUGAUGGAAUAUACUCGUUACCAUGUUCUCCUGGCAAAGAUUUACAGCAAAAUGGAGAGGACAGAGGAUGCUGUUGUUUCAUUACAGCAGGCUCAGGAAUUGCAGGCCAAAGUAUUGAAACGGAUUCAGAUAGAGCAGCUGGAUGCUGUUCCUGUGCAGAAGCAACUAGCAGCUGAAAUUUGUGCAGAGAUCGCAAAGCAUUCAGCAGCCCAACGGAACUAUGAGAAAGCAAUUAAAUUUUACAAAGAAGCUCUUGUUCAUUGUGAAACAGACAACAAGGUAAUGCUAGAACUUGCUCGUUUGUACCUUGCCCGUGAUGACGUGGACGCGUGCCAACAUCAGUGUGCUCUGUUGCUGAAGAAUGAUCCGGAUAACGCACCAGCUGCCAUGAUGAUGGCUGACCUUAUGUUCAGGAAACAAGACUAUGAACAAGCAGUGUUUCAUUUCCAGCAGCUUUUGGAACGGAACCCGGAUAAUUAUGCAACACUGUCACGUUUAAUUGACCUUUUAAGAAGAGCUGGAAAGCUAGAAGAAGUUCCAAGAUUUCUUGUAAUGGCUGAGAAACAUUCCCCCAGGACAAAACUUGACCCAGGUUUUCAUUAUUGCAAAGGAUUAUAUCUUUGGUACACUGGCGAACCAAAUGAUGCACUUCGACACUUUAACAAAGCAAGGAAGGACAAUGACUGGGGACAGAAUGCUGUUUAUAAUAUGAUCGAAAUCUGCUUGAACCCUGACAAUGAAACAGUGGGAGGUGAAGUGUUUGAACACCUGUAUGGUGACACAGAUAGCUCGACAGAGAAGCAAGAAUCUGUGCAGCUGGCUGUGAGGACAGCAGAAAAACUCUUAAAGGAACUAAAGCCCCAGACAGCUCAAGGACAUGUACAGCUUCGCAUCAUGGAAAAUUACUGUCUUGUGGCCACCAAACAAAAAUCAAAUGUUGAGCGAGCACUGAAUGCAUUUACAGAAAUUGUUGUGGAGGAGAAGGAUCAUGUCCCAGCGCUUUUGGGAAUGGCUACGGCAUACAUGAUCUUAAAACAAAUUCAACGAGCCAGAAACCAGUUGAAGCGCAUUUCAAAAAUGAACUGGAAUCCCAUUGAUGCAGAAGAGUUUGAAAAAAGUUGGUUGCUCCUUGCUGACAUUUUCAUCCAGUCUUCAAAAUAUGAUAUGGCUGGUGAAUUAUUAAAACGGUGCCUUCGUCAUAACAGGUCUUGUUGCAAAGCGUAUGAAUAUAUGGGGUACAUAAUGGAGAAGGAACAAGCAUAUAAGGAUGCAGCUGCAAACUAUGAGAUGGCUUGGAAGUACGGAAACCAAACAAAUCCAACAAUAGGUUUCAAGUUGGCAUUUAAUUACCUGAAAGCCAAGAGAUACAUUGAUGCCAUCAAUGUUUGUCACAAGGUUUUAGAAGCACAUCCAAAUUAUCCCAAGAUCAGAAAAGAAAUACUUGAUAAGGCACGCACAGCUUUAAGGACUUGAACGUUAUUGUAUGUAUUUAUCUUAAUUAGGGGAAAAAUUACAGGGAAAAAAGGUCUGUAAAGCCAUCUGUGUAGCUGGGGAUGCUGCACGCUCAAUUAGUUCCCACUGGAAAAAAAGUGGAGAAAGACUGCUCUUAGAUUUAUCUCUCCCCUGGAAGAGGAUGCUUUAGCACAUAGAGUUCAGUAAAUACAAAAGAUAAUUGGUCUCUGUUACUACCCACCUGUAAGUAUUGGCUAGAGUCCAAAUAAAUCACUUAAGUGUGAGUAAGGGAACAACAGGCACAGCUGGAACUUUCUCUGAAGAUUGCUCUGUGGCAGAGAGAGUUUCCAGCUGCGCCCUCCUUUGCAGCCUUCGAGCUUCACCCUCGUAAAGGUGAUUUAUAUGGAGUGUGGCUAUGGUUUUGACACAGUGUGUAAUCAGGAUCCUCAAAGGGAGCAAAAAGAGCACACCAUAGAAUGCUUUAUCUGCGUCACCCCAUUUCAACUAUUUUAUUUGUGUAAAAUAUCGUUUACCUCAGCUGGAAUCCUGGAUCAAGCAAACCAAGAAUCUAAUAAAUUAUUUUUUGCCCCCAAGCAGUUUAUUUUCCUGGUGUGGUGACUAAUUUAUUUCACUUUUGUAUAGUACACAAACCAUGACAUACAUAAUGUAUCUGUGUUCCAGUGGUUUCCUAGGGGCAUAUUUACUUAUUACAUCUGUAACCUGCCGUUCUUUCAAGAUGUUCAACCUCACAACCUUUACACAAAGUGGAUUAAAUUGAAACAGUACCCUUCCCUAAGGCUACCUGCUGAACUUGUAACUGAAUGGGAGAGAUUUGAACUUCAUUUUCCCACAUUUAUUUGUUAUGCUAAUGGUAUUUCUGUGCUGCUGCAUUACCAAAAGUUCUCUCAGUGGAGUACAUAAAAAUACAAAAAAAAACCCAUUUGCGAUAAAACACACCUUGGCAGAGAGUGAUCAAUACAAUCAGGAACAGUGAGAUCUUAAAACUUUAGCAAACCAGAGCCUCAGUUUGAAUUGCUUUGAUUGAAGAUCUAGUUGUCCUCAUACCUGGGAAUUCCAAAGUAUUAUUUCUUUUUUUUUAUUGGAACUUGUAAUCAAAAUGACAAUUUAUAUAACUACUUUCACUUACCAAUUGUAUAAUUCAUUUUUUAAAACGAUUGUGUAAAAUUGUCUUUAUCAAGUGAUUGUGUAGCCUCAAGAAUUCCCAUGGCUUUAUCAGAGAUGUUUGUUUCAGUGACUUGUUGAAUGUCUGUAAUAUAGCAUAUAAACCAUAGUCCAAAUGGA